CAUCUCCAAAUGCCGAGUAAACUCAAGAAAGCAAUAGGAGCCGUUAAAGACCAAACAAGCAUCGGUUUAGCCAGAGUCUCCUCCGUCGACGCCACAAUCUCCAAUCUCGAAGUCGCCGUUCUCCGAGCCACCACCCACGACGAUGAAGAUCACAUCGACCCUCGUCACGUCCAAGAAAUCCUCUCCCUCGUCUCCUCCAACAAAUCCAACGCCGCCGCCUGCGCCCGCGCCAUUGGUAAACGCAUCGGCAGGACUCGAACAUGGGCUGUAGCCAUCAAAUCAUUAGUCCUAGUCCUCCGCAUUUUCCAAGACGGCGAUCCAUAUUUCCCAAGAGAAGUCCUCCAUGCAAUGAAACGUGGAGCCAAGAUCCUAAACCUCUCCAGCUUUCGCGACGAUUCCAGCUCUUCAAGCCCAUGGGAUUACUCAGCAUUCGUCCGAACCUUCUCAUUGUACCUAGACGAACGUCUAGAUUGUAUCUUAACAGGAAAACUCCAACGCCGCAUGAUCACCAACCCCCGUGGAGCAGAUGCCGACGUCCACCACUCCCGUCAUCAUCGUAGCAUGAGUGGGAAAUUGAUAAACGAGACUCUCCGGGAGAUGAAACCAGGUAUGUUACUCGAUAAGAUCUCAUGCUGGCAAGAACUUCUCGACCGAGCCGUUGCAACUCGGCCGACAGGAGCAGCUAAAACGAACAAUCUCGUGAAAAUCUCUCUUUACGCCAUCGUUCACGAGAGUUUUCAUCUCUACAAGGAUAUAUCCGACGGGCUGGCGCUCCUGCUCGAAGGAUUCUUCGAGCUCCCAUACAAUUCAUGCGUGAACGUCUUCCAAACAUGCAUGAAGGCCACCAAGCAGUUCGAAGAACUCGCCGCGUUCUAUGAUCUAUGUAAGAGCAUUGGCGUCGGGAGAGCCUCAGAAUAUCCUACCAUACAGAGGAUUUCUGAGGAGUUAUUGCAAUCCUUGCAGGAAUUUCUCAAGGACCGGUCUUCUUUCUCAAUCACUAAAGAUUAUAUUUCUACCCCAAAGAAAUCAAUGUUUUCGUUCCCUACAAUCAAUGAUCAGGAACCCACACACCGACCCUCGUUGGAGGAUCUACUUAGCGCGACAGAGUUGUCCUCCGGGAAAGAUCAGCCCUCCAUCUCAAUCGAUCUCGAGACAUAUUCCAUUAACCACGAUCGCGAUUUCGAGAAGCAAAUGCUACAAACUAGUACUAAGAAUGGUGACGACACCUGCUCCACUAAAUCAUUGCCAAGCUCGAACUCAAACUCGAUCAUGAACCUAUUAGACGACUGGCCGAAUAAAGAUGUGCAAGACAACACAUGUGAACAAAUAGAACCAAUUCCACCCAUAAGUUGGGAGCUGGUACUGUUUGAUCAAGACACAGAUAAUAACAAAAUCUCCAACAAUGGCUUUGAAGAUCUGCUUGGCCAGAGCCAUGAAGGAUGGGAGCUAAUGCUAACACAAACAGUAACUCCAUCUUCAGCACAAACUCCGGAUAAACCAUUUCAGCAGCAUUAUAAUCCAUUUCUGCAAGAUACACCAGAAAAUGAUGAACAUAUAUUUAACACAAUCCCAACAUUUCAAGUAACACCUACCUUUCAAGCAGACACUGUUGAUUCAAUCGGUGAAUUUGAUCCUUUUGCUAGGGUCGUAUCUGAGGAAGAUGAUCAGAGUUUUGGUACGAUGUUGAUUCCUCAGAACUUGGAGCAGCAACAACAAAUGUGGUUGCAGCAGCAAAACAAAAUUAUUGAGAGACAAGUUCCUUAA